GGAGGGAGGAAAACAAGAUGGCCGAAGCUUCUCCCCAGCCCGGGCGUUACUUCUGUCACUGCUGCUCGGUCGAGAUCGCCCCGCGGCUGCCGGAUUACAUUUGUCCAAGGUGCGAAUCUGGUUUUAUUGAAGAGCUUCCAGAAGAGCCCAGGAAUGUUGAAAAUGGCUCCAGCUCUUCUGGCUUGACCAGUGAUCAGAGCAGACAUCCAUUUGAGAAUGUGGAUCAGCAGUUAUUCACCCUGCCGCAGGGCUACGGCCAGUUCGCCUUUGGGAUAUUCGAUGACAGCUUUGAGUUUCCAGCCUUCGGGUCCAACGCACAGCCAGAAGACAACCGGGAUGCCGAGAACCGGCGAGAGAGGGAGCACCAGUCUCGGCACAGAUAUGGCGCCAGGCAGCCCCGGGCUCGUUUCACCACGCGGCGCACUGCUGGGAGGCACGAAGGGGUCCCAACACUAGAAGGAAUUAUCCAGCAGCUGGUCAAUGGGAUUAUUGCUCCCACCACGAUACCAAACCUCGGCGUGGGCCCUUGGGGAGUCUUGCAUUCAAAUCCCAUGGACUAUGCCUGGGGGGCCAACGGCUUGGACGCCAUUAUUACUCAGCUGCUGAAUCAGUUUGAAAACACGGGGCCUCCCCCCGCAGACAAAGAGAAGAUCCAGGCCCUCCCAACAAUUCAUAUAACAGAAGAACACGUAGGUUCUGGGCUGGAGUGUCCCGUCUGCAAAGAGGAUUACGAAGCUGGCGAGAGCGUGCGGCAGUUGCCCUGCAACCACUUAUUCCACGAUGGUUGUAUAGUCCCCUGGCUUGAACAGCACGACACCUGCCCGGUGUGCCGGAAAAGCUUGAGCGGACAGAACACAGCUACAAACCCCCCGGGACUCUCGGCAAUGAGUUUUGCUUCUUCCUCCUCCUCCUCCUCUUCCUCCAGCUCACCGAGUAACGAGAAUUCUGCAAACAACUCAUGAGUCUUUUAAAGAAAAACGAAAAUAAGUUGCCAUCCUCAUUCCCUUCUCUAAUGUCGCUGCCCUCCCUCACUUUCACCUAGGGCGAUGCGGGGGAGGUCCCCCAGAGCAGAGCAGCAGGGGUGGGGAGAAUGGGAGCCCCAGUAUUUUUCCAUCGUGAUGCGAAGGGCCUCUUGCCCCCAGGAUGCUUAGUGAUGUCACCAUCUCGAGAGUGGGGCAGGGGAGGGGAAAUGCCCGUCCCAAAGGAGGACGGGGCCUGAAACGGGGCCAACCACUCUGCACCGAAGCCACAGCAAAUUGGCCCGUGGAAAGCACUGGGAGAGGGGCCGCAGUUCCAAACAGAAGGUGGUUCACAAGGGUGGGAUUGGUUUUUUAAGAAGUCUUGACCAUUUCCUCCUGUCCUUUCUUCUGUCUACUCCAUCCCAGUUCUUUAUGCUUUGGUGUUUCUAAGCCUUGAAAAAACGGCAGUGUCACCCACCCAGCCUCCCCCCCCCCGGCAGGUUUCAGGCAGGGAAGGGGCUUCCAAAGCUUUUAUCGUGUCACCACUGGAAAGAGACCUGGCCUCGAAGGAAUCUGCCCCCCUUCCCGGCCACCUUCUGGCCCCGUUGAGCUUAGACCUCUCUUCUCUCCCCCCCACCCCUUUUCGUUUAACAUCGCCCUUCGGGUAAUUCGAUACUGAGAAAAGGGUUUUUUUAUAAUUUUAAAUUAUUACUGCUAUUAAAGAAAUGGACGUUUCAGCUCAGUGCAUGUGACGUGUUGGGUUUAUGCCAGCGACACAAAGCGAGUUCCUUGGAUGGUGGAUUGCCACUCAACCUUUCUUUUAUUCGAGCCAAAGUUGCACCAUUGGGGUGGCCGGGCUUCCGCGUGUAGCAUCUUGCGUAACAAAGUUUGAGUCUCCUCCUGGUCUGUUUCUGCGGUACUUAAUGCAGUGCGCAAAGAUCAAAACAGAGGUUUUGUUUUAUAAAAUCUGUUUACUGGCGGGAUGCCCACUGGUGGUUCAGAAUGUUUGAAACCACGGCUCAGUCUGAAAUGUUCAAACAUGCAAAUAGGGCUGAGGGUGGGGAGAGAGGAUUGAUCUAAGCCAGACUUAAUGCUGCAUCGGAGAGCUUUUUCCUUACUGCUGCUCUUCCAGGGAAGGAGUACCGGGGGGGAGGGCUGUCUUGUGAGCGGCCGCAAGUCCCCCUCCAUGCAUGUUCCUUUGGGGCUUUCUGAUGGUCUCUCGCCUUCAGGUGUCAGCGGAAGCCGUUCAGGAGGGAAACUGCACUGGCGCACCCAAAGCCAGCUGCAGGGGCUCCUGAAAACCGAUGGAAGCGCUAGGUGCUGUGCAAUUCAGCAACGUGAGCCACAGGCCCCGCUCUCUGGCUUAACGGUCGCAGGGAAUGCGAAUUGAAGAAAAGGGCAGAGGCUGCUGUGGGUCACUCUUGGAUAAGUGUUUAAAUAUCUGCUAAUGGGAGGAGCUGAGUCUCCGUGGCUGUGGGGGGAGGGGUAAGGGGUGCCACCUACCUGGGCACAGAGGAUGUCGAUUUACAGAGAAUAACAGAAGAGCAGGAAUUGGGGGGAGAUGAACUGAUGGGUUCCUCUAGGAUCAGGCUAAUUUCUCCUCUCCUCUGUCCUCUGCUCCCCCCCUUGAGCUGUCAGUUCCUGGAAUAUGUUCAGCCUUCAUCAGGUAGGGGGGGCUGCUUCUUUUGGUAAACCUUCAAACUCCUAUUUUCCUGCACGCCCACAAAUUCCCUGGAGCGGCCAGCCAGUGGAUGACUAGACGAGCAGCGCUCUUUCUUCGAAGUGUGCCUGUUGCUGUGCUGAGAUGUGCAGGUGGUGCCAGAGGCCUCCUCCCCUUAGCAACAUCACAGAACGGCCACAGCCCACCGGUGCCUGAUGUGUGGCAGGCUCGGUUGCAAAGCAGGCGAGUAGAGAGGGACAAUGGCUCAGAGGCAGAGCAGCUCCUUGGCCUGUGCAGAAGGUCCCCGGUUCAGUCCCUGG